AUGAGCGACCGCGAGCGUGACCCGUCGCGCAGACGACCACAAGGCGACCAACGACGACGACGCAGAGAAUCUCACGGCGACGUGGACCCUGAACGACGAAGACGGAGAGAAUCCCGAGGUGAACAUACAGUUUACGACCAGGAGGGAAGGCGGAGAAAAGGACACAGGGCGACAGACUCCUCAGGCGACCUACUUCCAAAACCACGAAGACCUUCGAGGCACCAAAGCGACACAGAGCAGGAAUCCCCGGCCCCACGUCAGGCACGAGGUUCGCGGCGUAAUUCUAGGUCAAAGGGCAGUGGAAGUGGGAGUCGAGGCUCAGCCCCUCUCAGUCUUGAUGCGAUAGCGAAGCUCGACAAGAGCAAUGCGAAGAAGGCUGGAGGUUGGGGAGGCUACGACUAUGACGACGAAUACCUAAAGGAAGUCAGAAGGAAAGAAAAGAACUUGGAGAAGGAGAGAUUGAAGGAGGAGCGAGAAGAGAAGAGGCGAGAACAAAAAGAGCAGGAGGCUAGACGACGCGCUGCAGAGAGCGAUGCCGCCCUGCUCGAAGAAAAGGCUAGGAAACGGCGGGAAGAAAGGCGGAAGGCUGCUGCGCUGAAGCAAAGUCAGACCGAUGAUGAGCUCGAGAGAACGAGAGGCACAUAUACAGAGGACGAGCGAGAGGAAAGAAGACGCAGGCAAGAGCCCAAAUACACACCGUCGGAAGCUGAGGAGCGAAGAGAACGGAGGCGGAAAGAGAAGCAAUACCGCACAGAGCAGAAGAAGCGUCGCGUUAUUAGCGGUCCUUUGGCUGAAGAAGGCCGCAUCGACGAUGACGACUCCGAGUACCGAUACAUGAUGGAGAAGCGUGGAGGCGCGGGCAGCGGUCCGCCAACAGUAUACACAGAGGAGGAGCUGGCACGGAGGAAGAAGAACAAAAAGCGUAUAAUAUUCGCAAUAGUCGCCGUUGUGGUACUCCUCGCUAUCAUCAUACCUGUAGCUGUUCUGCAUUCGAGCAAAGGAAGCAAGAACGACGAGACAGGCGAAGGGAGCUCAUCCGCGGCCACCUCGCCGGGGCCAAACAAAGACAACCUAGCUGGGAAGGACCGAAACAGCGUACCAGAAGCAGAUCGAGGCGGCAUCCUGGAUCCAUGGGCAUGGUACGAUACCCAGGACUUCAACGUUACCUACACCAACGAACUCGUCGGCGGUUUACCCAUCAUCGGUCUGAACUCCACUUGGGACGAUGACGUCCAAGCAAACCCUUCUGUACCGAAGCUCUCAGACUCGUUCGAAUAUGGCAAGACGCCCAUACGUGGCGUAAACGUCGGUGGCUGGCUCAACCUCGAACCCUUCAUCACUCCUUCCUACUUCUCUCAGUAUGGAUCCAAAGACAAUGUAGUGGACGAAUGGACGUUUCUCAGCAAACUUGGACCUGCGAAGGCCAAAGACACGUUAGAAAAGCACUACUCCACCUUCAUCACCAAGCAGACCUUUGCUGAGAUCAGGGAGGCUGGCAUGGACCAUGUUCGCUUCCCCUUCGGCUAUUGGAUGGUGAGGACCUACGACGACGAUGUCUACGUACCUCAGGUAUCAUGGCGCUACCUUUUGCGUGGUAUCGAGUACUGUCGCCAAAACGGACUACGCGUGAAUCUUGAUCUUCACGGCGCACCAGGUAGUCAGAAUGGCUGGAACCACUCCGGCCGUCAAGGCCAGAUCAACUGGCUGAAUGGCACAGACGGUGACAAGAAUGCCCAACGCACACUAGACGUCCAUCACCAGCUCUCUGUCUUCUUCGCGCAAGACCGCUACAAGAAUGUAGUAACCAUGUACGGUCUCGUCAACGAGCCACGCAACGUGGAACUCGACACCGACAAAGUCGUCGCCUGGACGCAAAAGGCCAUUGACCAAAUUCGCGCCGACGGCAUAAAGGGCAUCAUUAUCUUUGGCGAUGGCUUCAUGGGCCUCGACAAUUGGCAGGGUAAGCUCCAAGGCAACGACGACCUCCUCCUCGACGUGCACCAAUAUGUCAUCUUCAACACGGACCAAAUCAAGCUUAAGCACCGGGACAAGCUGAACUUUGCCUGCGAAGCAUGGACUCAGCAGUCCAAGCGCUCCAUGGACAAGAAGACCGGUUUCGGUCCCACCAUGUGCGGAGAAUGGUCCCAAGCAGACACAGACUGCACGCAGUACAUCAACAAUGUCAAUACCGGUACACGCUGGGAAGGCACUCUGCAAGCCUCGGACAAGUCGGGUGCAGUACUCGCCCCGCAAUGUCCGCUCGAAUCCUCCCAGUGCUCCUGCGACCAAGCCAACGCCGACCCUAGCAAUUACUCUGACGAAUACAAAAAGUGGCUGUACCAGUUUGCUAUCGGCCAGAUGGAUGCUUUUGAAGCUGGUUGGGGCUGGUUCUACUGGACGUGGGAGACAGAGAAGAGUACACAGUGGAGUUAUAGGCGGGGGCGCGAGGCGGGCAUCUUGCCGGAUAAAGCGUAUGAGAGGGAUUGGAAGUGCCCUGGAGGUGGCGUGGAGAGCUUGGACGAAUUCGAGGGGUUGGCGGAGAAUUAUAGGAGGAUGUAG